GGGCGGUGCUGCGGCCCGGGCCCCCGCCUCUGAGGCGACUGCUUUCCCGUGAGCUGCCAUUGUGACCCUGAUGUGGGGGUCGGGGGCUAACGGGCCCGGCUUGAGGAGGGCUGGCCGCGAGAGCGUUCGGCUCGUCGCGCGCGGCGAGGCCUGGUCACGUCACGGGGCCGGGUGGCCGAGAGAGGCCGGGCCGGGUUGUGUCGGCGCCGAGCUUGGCCCUGCGGAGAAGCCGCGGAGGGCCAGCCCGAGCUCGGCGGGCGCUGUGGGAUGACAGGAGGUCUCCGUGUGGGCCCGGGAAGAAGCCGACUGCAGAUGGCAGACCCUACAUUAGCUGAGAUGGGAAAGAACUUGAAGGAGGCCAUGAAGAUGCUGGAAAGCAGCCAGAGAAGAACAGAGGAGGAAAAUGAAAAGAAGCCCCUAUCAGAAGAUAUUCCAGGGCCACUCCAAGGCAGUGGACAAGAUAUGGUGAGCGUCCUGCAGUUAGUUCAGAACCUGAUGCAUGGAGAUGAAGACGAGGAGCCCCAGAGCACUCGAAUCCAGAAUAUUGGAGAACAAGGUCACAUGGCCUUAUUGGGUCAUAGUCUGGGGGCUUACAUUUCAACUCUGGACAAAGAGAGGCUAAGAAAACUUACAACAAGGAUACUUUCAGAUACCACCUUAUGGCUGUGCAGAAUUUUCAGAUACGAAAAUGGCUGUGCUUACUUCCACGAAGAAGAAAGAGAAGGACUUGCCAAGAUCUGUAGGCUUGCCAUUCAUUCCCGCUAUGAGGACUUUGUCGUAGAUGGAUUCAAUGUGCUAUACAACAAAAAACCUGUUGUGUAUCUUAGUGCUGCUGCUAGGCCUGGCCUGGGCCAAUACCUUUGUAAUCAGCUCGGCCUGCCCUUCCCCUGCUUGUGUCGUGUGCCCUGUAACACAAUGUUUGGAUCCCAGCAUCAGAUGGAUGUUGCAUUUCUGGAGAAACUGAUUAAAGAUGACAUAGAGCGAGGAAGACUGCCCCUGUUGCUCGUCGCAAAUGCUGGAACUGCCGCAGUGGGACACACAGACAAGAUUGGACGUUUAAAAGAGCUCUGUGAGCAGUAUGGCAUAUGGCUCCAUGUGGAAGGUGUGAAUCUGGCAACACUGGCUUUAGGUUAUGUCUCCUCGUCUGUGCUGGCUGCAACCAAAUGUGAUAGCAUGACUCUGACUCCUGGCCCAUGGCUGGGGUUGCCAGCUGUUCCUGCAGUGACACUUUACAAGCAUGAUGAUCCUGCCUUGACGUUAGUUGCUGGUCUUACAUCAAAUAAACCUUCAGACAAACUCCGUGCCCUGCCUCUGUGGUUAUCUUUACAAUACUUGGGACUUGAUGGAAUUGUGGAGAGGAUAAAGCAUGCCUGUCAACUCAGUCAGCGAUUGCAGGAAAACUUGAAGAAAGUAAACAACAUCAAAAUCUUGGUGGAAGAUGCGCUCAGCUCUCCAGUAGUGGUGUUCAGGUUUUCCCAGGAGUUACCCAGCUCAGAUACAGUAUCCAAAGCUGUCCCAGCACCCAGUGUGGCACCGUCAGCCAUUGGUCGGGAGAGACAGUCCUGUGACGCGCUGAACCGCUGGCUGGGAGAGCAGUUGAAACAGCUGGUGCCUGCCAGUGGCCUCACUGUCAUGGAUCUGGAAGUCGAGGGCAUGUGUGUGCGGUUUAGCCCUUUGAUGACAGCAGCAGUGUUAGGAACUCGGGGAGAGGAUGUGGAUGAGCUUGUCACCUGCAUCCAGAGCAAACUGCCAGUGCUGACCUGCACACUGCAGCUUCGAGAAGAGUUCAAGCAGGAAGUGGAGGGGACAGCAGGCCUCCUUUAUGUGGAUGACCCCAACUGGCCUGGAAUCGGGGUUGUCAGAUAUGAACACGCUAAUGAUGAUAAGAGCAGUUUGAAAUCAGAUCCAGAAGGGGAAAAAAUCCACGCUGGACUCCUGAAAAAGCUAAAUGAACUGGAAUCUGACCUUACAUUUAAAAUGGGCCCUGAGUACAAGAGUAUGAAGAGCUGCAUUUACAUUGGCAUGGCGAGUGAUGACAUAGACAUCUCUGAGCUCGUGGAGACCAUUGCAGUCACAGCCCGGGAAAUUGAGGAAAACUCAAGGCUUCUGGAGAACAUGACAGAAGCGGUUCAGAAAGGAAUUCAAGAAGCUCAGUCUCAGCUGCAGAAGGCCAAUGAGGAGCGGCUCCUGGAGGAGGGAGUGUUGCGGCAGAUCCCUCUAGUAGGAUCUGUGCUGAAUUGGUUUUCUCCAGUCCAAACUUCACAAAAGGGAAGAACUUUUAACUUGACAGCAGGCUCUCUCGAGUCCACAGAACACACGUAUGUCUAUAAAGUACAAGGUACAGGAGUGACACCACCUCCAACCCCCUCAGGCUUUCACAGCAAACCAAGACUUCCAGGCCAGAAGCCUUUUAAAAGGUCCCUGAGAGGGUCAGAUGCCAUGAGUGAGACUAGCUCAGUCAGCCACAUUGAAGACCUGGAAAAGGUGGAGCACCUGUCUAUUGGGCCGGAGCAAAGCAGCCCAGAGGCCCCCAGCCCUGAGCAGCCCCCUGGGGAUCCCUGUGCUCAAGUGAGCCAGACUGAGGUCCUCCAGAACAAGACCCAGCACCCUGCAGAUGACCAUCCACAGGUAGAAGAGCCGGAGAGCUUAAGAUAAAGUUCAGUGUUGGCUCUGGACUGUACUGACUGUCGUUUCAGGAAAGAUGAAGUUAUAUUGAAAAUGUGACCUGUGCCACAUGCUAAUGUAAUACAAGUUACACUAUUUGUGCUGGCUGGGAUUUUUGCACAAAUAUAUGCCUGAAAGCCAGGCUUUCUAGAAGGGCAAUUGAUUAUUUUAUGUGUAAGUAAAUCAAUCAACAGCUUAACUGUUUCUGGCCUGCCCAGCUGUAGGAACAGCACUUCCCUGUAACUUCCCAUAAACACUGUCUAUUCACAGAACACUUAGAAUUUCGAGUGCCUGCCACUUGAAACACUUGCAUCUUUCUAAACAUAAGCGUCAGUGAUUAGGUUGCACGCAUGUAGUGACUUUUUGUCAGGACUCUCUGGGUUCCCUGCUAUGCUUCUACAGGGGCCAGACGACAGAGCCCCUCUGUCUGUCUUCGUGGGUCUGUAGUCUGGAGUUGUGGGAGACACUGGCAUUGGUUGGCUUCAAGGAACAAUUUCAGGGGGACUGUAAGAAGAGUGUUAAAGCCCUCUCCUACCGUCCCCACCUGCUGCUUUCCUGGAGACUAAGUAAGGACUGUGUCCACUUGAGCUGUGGCAGGGCUUCUGAGACUGUCCUCUGCCACAAAUCUUUCUCCCUUUAUAUACUCUUUGUAAACAAACUUUAAGGACUCAUCUGUUAACUAUAAAGUCUCUUCUGACCAUAUAUAUGUAUAUUUUUAAAUAUUGGCAAAGCUUUUAAAUUGGCACCUGGUGCACACUGCCCGCUUCUAAUUAAUACCUGGAAGCCCAGCAGAGGCUGCCCUAAAGCCAACCCUGACACUAACGCUGUGCAGCACUUCUCGGUCAAGGCGUGAGUACCUGGCUCACAGUGGAGUGGCCACAGCUUCUCUUCCAUUCAGAGCUCACCCUGGGUGCUGUCAGGAGGAGCCAGAAGAGUUGCCCCUCCCAGGCUGGUCAAGCCAGAGCACUGCUGACAUUACUAGAAGGAAGCUCCUAAUCCCUGUCGUUUCUACUUCCCCAAAGUACUGCAUCACUUCCUGUAUUCUAAGAUGGGCCCACAUGCCUUUUUAGUCCCAAAGUCAAGCAAUGGGCCACUAAGAUGAUGGUGGGGAACUCACACUGGGUUUGUGGACUGUAGUGUUGGAAGCCUUAGUUAUACCACAUUAAGCCUAUAAUUACACGGAUUUGAUGUGAUUUUUGACAUUUGCCACUUGUCAAAAUGCAGUUUUUUCUUUACUUUUUUUUUUUUUGGUGCGGAUGACUAUAGUCUUCCCUGUUUAUUUGGUGCAAUGAAGUCUAGCAGAUAACAUGGGGGAGGGGUAAAUUAUCACCUUUAACAAGAUUAAUUUUUAAAUGUUUUUAUAUAUUUGGAAUUGUUAAAUUGGUUUUGCUGAAACAGAA